AUGACACUGCGCAUUGGGGCCGUGGCGGAGCAGAGCUUCAACGCGGUGGAGCGCCUGCACGAGUACAGCACCCUGGAGAGCGAGGCGGCGGCCGUCAUUCCCGGCUCUGCGCCAGAGGGCUGGCCAAAGGAGGGGCAGGUUGAGUUUGCAAACGUCAAGAUGAGGUACCGCCCCGGGCUGCCCCUGGUCGGCGUCGUGGGGCGCACCGGGGCCGGCAAGUCGAGCGUCAUUGGGGCCCUGUUCAGGCUGACAGAGGUCGAGGGCGGGUCCAUCCUGCUGGACGCCAUUGACACGACGAGAGUGCCAGUCCUGUUUGCGGCCAGUGUGCGCGUCAAUCUGUCGCCCUUUGGGGAGCACUCUGACGCCGAGCUCUGGAGCGCACUGAGGCGCGCCCACCUGGCCCCCCUGGUGGAGUCCCUGGGGGGUGGCCUGGACCACGCGCUGGCGGAGGGCGGGGCACCCCUCAGCGCGGGCCAGAAGCAGCUGCUGGCGCUCGCGCGCGCGGUGCUCAGCCCGGCAAAGGUGUUGGUGCUGGACGAGGCCACCGCCAACGUUGACGUUGAGACGGACGCCCUCAUCCAGACCACCAUGGCCACCGAGUUCUCUGACCGGACCAUCAUCGCGGUGGCGCACCGCCUGCACACCAUCAUCGCCAGCGACAGGGUGCUGGUGCUGGACCAGGGCGUGGCGGUGGAGUAUGACACACCAAAAGCGCUGCUGGAGCGGCCGGACGGCGCCUUCGCAUCCAUGGUGCACGAGACGGGCGCGGCCACGGAGGCUUUCCUGCGCGCCGCCGCAGCUGGCGACCAGAUCGCCAUCGGCGAGCUGGACGCCGCCGCCCA